AGAGAGAUGAUUCUCGGGUGAAAGAUAUCUAUCAUCCUCAACACAUUCUCACUCAAUCAUCUCAUCUCAUCUCAUCUCCCGUUACUAUCAAACACCAAAGCAAGUCUCUUCAAUAUGAAAUUCAGUACCGCCUUCGCCAGCCUUGUUGCUUAUUGUGCCAUUGGCGUCCACGCAAUGCCAUCCAACCAAGAGACAGCAUCUGAGCUCAUCAACCGUAGCAAAAACACACUGGAGAAACGAGCAUGCUACAGGGGGAAGAAGGACUACGGCUGCGACAAAGGAUGGUGUUGGAAGAGAUGCGGCGGCGGAAAUGGAAAUGUAGGCGUUGGUGGCCCGUGGUGCUGGGCCAAAUGGAACUGGGGAUGGGGUGAAGGAAACUGGGUCUCUUGUCACUAUGAUAGCGACUGCAAGAAGGCCUUUGCUGGUGAGGCCGACUGUGCUUGGGGCAAUUGUGAGGGCUGUGGAUGCAGCUGUUGAGGUUGGAAACGGAACCUCUCAUGAGCUCACGAGAAAUACGGGAUUAGGUAACGAACUUGUUGUCUCACAACCUAUGCGUUCAUCACUUGAAUUUCCACGUGAUAGUCACAAUAACAGUCAGUCUCGAUGCACUAAAGAUCCCUCGCGCCAAUGAUCACCUACCAGCAACGCCACUAGGCGCAGGGAUCUCACUGGAGUGAGCAGGGGCUGUGAUUUUGGUACGCUCAGAAGACAGAAAAGUCCCUGGGCUGUGGCCAUUGAUCUCGUCUAGUCCCAUCAAGGCUCACCCCUGUCGUAGGUACCCCGACACCACAUGCGUGUAUGUACUUGGACGGUGCGCCCAAUGUACCUCACAGACGGCGUGUCGAUGGCCUGCAAGUCUUCGUCGGGGCCGAAUUGCACCUUUUGGCCCAAAAUAGUACAGGCGGACGAGAGACAAAAUCCCCAUUGACCCCUGCCUUACAUUGCAAUUUCUCCUCUGUCAAAUACACAUCGUCGCU